AGGAAACCAGCUGUGAGUCAGGCAGUAAACAGGUCCAGAAGCAGUCAGGAACCAGUAUCAGAGUGUCAGGGUGGCUGUGGUGUCGUCCUGGUGGAGGAGUAGGCUGAUGGAGAGUGACUGUCGGAUCCCCGUGGCGUGUUGUCGGCCUCGAGUCCUCGUCCUCCACGCUCUGUUCUGGGGCCUCGUCUCCCUCAGGGUGUUUGGAGCAGCUCUGCUGAGUGAAGAGAAAACUACAGCAGUGAAACCCGUGGUCGCCCCCUGCUGGCUGCUGGAGGAGUUUAUAGUGACCACAGUAUGUUCACAGUGUAACGCCUUCCAGACUAAGUCGUGGUCGGCCUGUGGACAGACAGGAUAUGUGGAGAGAGUCAACUGUACCAAAUCAAACAGAGACGAGUACAAGAGCUGUCGCUCUGCAGUGAUGGAGGAGCAUCUCUUCUGGAAGUUCGAGGCGGCCAUGUUGGCUCUGACGGUUCUCUUCGCCAUCCUGGUGGUCGUUCGUCAGCGCUGGCUCGACCGCCUCGCAUCUGAGAAGGUCCGCCGACAGAUCGAGUCCAUCUAGGACACCAGAGACAACAGGACUGGGACCUAGACCCGAACCUGGACUGGGUGGGUUUUUUUCCCUCAGCAGUAUUUUAACAACAAUUAAAUUCUCCAUCAAUUCUAUUUCAAAUUUAAGUGAUUUUGAAUUUUCCAGAUAAACCUGAAGAAUUGCCACAGCUCACAAACAGUUCCCAUUUUGGAGAUACAUGGUUUUUCCUGGGGCAGCGACGCCAUAAUAUUAAAUCUGAACUCCAAAUAAUGAGUUAAAUCUGGUGUUAACGGUUCAAUUCUUCAUAACAGGAGUUAAAUCUUGUGGUCGGCUAAAGAUGCAGUAGAGUUGUAAAUCUUUUAUGGAGAAUUUAACUUUUGAAAUGAACGAUUAUGAUUGAGUUUUAAAUUUCACUUUUUCAAACUUUAUUUUCGAUAUGAAAGACAAAAAAGAACAAAAAUGUUAAAACCGCUGGCAACAAAAAAAACUGGACCUGUGCCAGGUCAGAACUGGACCUCAGUGAUCCUGGUUCUCCGUUUAAAUCCUCUCUGAUUAUUUUGUUUUUGGUCUGGAGAGUUCUGAAUCUGUCCUUUACCUGAUUGGUCGACCUCAUCACUUGAUGGGCUCUGAUUGGUGCCUGCUUGGUCCCAGCAUUGCAAACUGAACAAACAAGACGACUUCUGGAGACGUUGGGGAGAAAAAAAAAAGCCUUUCCACAGGAUCAGAUUUAAUAUAAAUCUGAGGCGAGCCAGUCGGACAUCAGUUUAUUUUGAAGUCAUCAGAGACGUCAUCAUCUAAGUCUUCCCUGAUUGGUCGGGACUAAUCUGACAAGUGGAACUGAUUCAGUUCAUAAAGUUCAGUUGCCCAGCUGAUGAAGACGUGAACAUAAUGAUGUGAAUUUUUCUUCAUUUUGUCAAAUAUCUCUUGUCACCAGAAUUGUUGAAGUUCAGAGGGUUUUAUCGUUAAUUUUAAGGUUUGACUGUAAAUAUGUUUAGUUUUGUUUUUCUGUGAAGUUACUGCCAAAAUAAACUGAGAAACUGAG